AGUAUUAAGGUUACAGUGCGCGCAUUCUCCAGCUUCCCCUCUCACAUCCGCUAGGUUACAAUUGAAGCCUGUAUGUCAGUUGUGUGAAGUUAAUAUCACGGAUACAAAAUUUACAAAUAGUUUGUCAGUUAAGGAGUGUUCUCAAGUAUGGAUAUAUCUGAACGUUAAAAAGAAAUACCGAGUACGUUGCCUGUUUCUGCGGCGGAUUGCGUGUUACAAAGAAAGUUGGGGUUCGUCAUGGCGACCCCGCCUUGUGUGUUUCUACUACUGACUGUAUUUGUAAGAGGAGUGUUGGGAUUCAACUUAGACACGGAAAACUUUGUGAUUGUUAACGGACCUCAAAAGGGAAUACAAUUUGGAUUUUCCUCUGGGAUGUUUCACGUAGAAAACAAGCCGUGGAUACUUGUUGGUGCCCCGAAAUCUAACAGUUCUCUCUACCCGGAUAUUCCGACAACCGGUGGACUCUUUAGAUGUCAGCUGGAUUUCCAAGGUGGUCGCCAAGCUGCAUGUACAUCGGAGGUUCCAGCUGUCGAACCCGAAAAUUUGAAUCCUGGGAUAGUCACAUAUGAGCAACAAACCCAACUUCUCGGUUCUAACAUCCUGAUCAACGACAAUAACGUCAUGAUUUGUGCGUCCAAACACAAGAUGACUUCUAGCGAGGCAACAAAAAGAAUUCUGUACGGGUUGGGACGCUGUAAUGUUGGUGAUUUAGACAAUCUUGACGGACCGAUGAGCCGUUCAAUGUACAGGAAGCGACCUCUGGUGGACAGUACGUCGACAUAUGUAUAUGGCAUGGGGUUGCUUGGAUUCUCCACCGCAAGUUUGAAGGCCACCUUCAGUACCGGGGGUGCUGACACCAAGGAAUUCGUACCUGUCUUCAACACUGUUAUGGGGGCCCCAGGAUUCUACGACGGCAAAGGUGGAUUUGUUCUCACAGACAUCAACGGUCUAGACCAGUCGCUAGAUUAUUUGGUUUCAAAAGAUAGAGAUCUGCGUAACUCAUUUCAAAAGUCAUCAUAUCUAGGUUAUUCCGUAGGAUCUGGAAAAUUUGGAAUCGCCACUUUCGGAACUGUUGUUGCCGGUGCUCCUCGCUACAGCAACCCUGAAGGGCAUGUUGGAAUUGUAGUACUACUCAGAAUUGUGCAAGAUGGCUUUGAAAUGCAAACAACAAGAUCCGGUAAACAGCCUGGAUGUGGUUUUGGUGCUGCUCUCAUUGUGCUUGACAUAAACGGGGACGGUAUGGAUGACCUAUUGGUAGGGUCACCUUUCUACACUGAACAAGCCACUGACCAGGGUCUAGUGCAGGUCUACUACGGCACCUCCGAUAGAGUAAACAUUCUGCGGGACGGAGACAACCUGAUGGGAACGGGGACCAUACAUGGACGAUUUGGGAUGGCAAUGGCAGAUAUUGGAGAUGUCAACGCUGACGGUUUCACUGAUGUUGCAAUCGGAGCACCAUAUGAAGAUGACCAGAGAGGAUGUAUCUACAUUUAUAACGGAAAUCAUCAGAACAUGAAGUCUGUGUUCUCUCAACGUAUUACUGCUAAAUCGCUGGAUCCGGAACUCAGAGCGUUUGGAUUCCAUAUAUCGUCCCCUCUUGACGUCGAUUUCAACACAUACAACGAUAUAUCGGUGGGAGCGUAUAUGUCAGACCAAGCAGUAAUACUGCGAGGACGUCCAAUUGUCAAGCUUGAUCGAUCUGUGGCCUUGUACCCUGUGUUGGUGCCCUUGAACCCUGCUGGCCAGGCUUGCCACCGGGUGGACGACCCAUUUCCAUGUCUUACCUACAAAAUUUGCUUCAAUUUCACUGGCAGAGGACUUGACCGUAUAGAUCUUGAUAUCGGACUGCGUGUUGACAAUUCGAGGAAGAAUAAAGGAAAGUCUAGUCGUAUGGACCUGUACAUUGAAGGGGAAAUGAAGGGAGACGAUUUUAUCACUAAAUAUCAAAUCCAGAAAAAUAUCACCAGUUGUAAAACUAUUGUAGCGCGUGUAAAAGCUCUUGAUCGGGAGUUUUUCGCCGCUAUAGAACAACCCGUGGAGUUCGAUCUCAACUACACUUUGAGUAGUGAACCUCUACCUGGACAGGUGCUGCCAAUACUCGACAACCUGAACAGCCCAGCUAUCUCAGUCAGCGCAGACUUUAAUACUGGAUGUGGGCGACAGCGAUGUCGUUCUAACCUACAAAUAGAUGUCACCUACGACACGACCGAAAUCAUUGUUGGUAAAGUACAGGACAUUACUAUCAGUGUGAACAUCAAAAACCUCGGGGAGCCGGCUUUUGUCACUCGAGUUGCGACACGGUCGAGCACAAACGUUGGCUUCCGUAGUGAUCAAAUAGAAGCGGGCCAAAUGAUUUGCAAACAAAAUGGAACUGGAAUGAUUGAUGAUGUCACUUGUGACUUCACGACCCCGUUCUUCCAGACCAUGGCUGGUCAGUUUGACCUCACAUACUCUUCAUUGUUGCCUAGCGACGGAAACUUAGCCGACAUUGAUCCCAGAGUCAGUUUCAAUUUGACAGCUACUACCGAAAGUGAGGAGACAGACCCCACAGACAACGUUCACAUGAUUGAAAUACCCGUCACGUUCAAACCUGACAUCAUUAUAUAUGGAAGCUCUAACCCUGAACAAGCCACUAUUUCUCCUGACUCAAAUAAACUGAUCUCCAUAGAGAAAACGUUUAGUAUAUACAACAGGGGUCCUAGUCCUCUGCCCGAGACCAGAGUUACUAUAGAAUUUCCCAGGAAGAACUUACAAGGUUCCGUGUUGGUAGAGGCACAGAACCAUAAGGUGUCCCACACAUCGAGUAACGUCCGGUGCGAAAUCAUCAGUAGUAGUGCGAAGUUGGACCAGCAACAGUCAACGAUAUCACCCGGUGCCCCCCAAAAGAUUGAAGCAUCUGACGACAUCCUAUCUCAACGCCAGUCGAUUCAGAAUAUGACAUGUGCUAACUACGAUUGUGUUCAUAUGGAGUGUCUGCUAACAGGCCUGGGUGUAGCUUCAACAGAGACUGUUGCCGUGGCUAUCAACAUCACAGAGGCAUCUCUCACCUUCGACAAGAAAGCGGAACGACUGAACUACGUCACUACAGCGGAGGUCCACAAGCCCCAACAUCCUCAACUUGAAGUGUAUUGGCCAACAAAACCAGUAAAAGCAGAGAUCCGUGUCGACAUUUACCCAGCUUCAGAGAGAAAGGUGACGGAGGACAUUGAAAUCUGGAUCCUCAUAGUAGGAUGCCUUGGAGGUCUUCUUUUGUUUGUGGCACUAGGACUGUUGCUGUGGAAGUGCGGGUUCUUUAAGAGGAAGAAGCGAGAGGAAGUACAAGCAUGGAAACGCAAGAGUGGCUACAAUGCCAGGCGCUCUCAGAUGGGGUCGGCCAGGAACCGGCACGCGAGCUCCAGCGUCAGGUCGAAGUGUGCAGAUCCGGGUGAACUGGCGUUUUUAGACUGAUGAAAGGCACAAUAUUUUAGAGUGAAUCUGAAUGUUUGUGAUUUUUACAACAGAGAAUGUUCAAUUUUACAGGAGAGACAUGAGAGUUGUAUACAGUCAGGUACAUAUGAUGUCAUGAAAUAUAUUUUAUUGAUCCCUGUACCACUGCCAAAAACUGUAAGAACCCAUUUCUGAAAAGAAAACCAUGCCUUGUCGGGCUUUUAUGAGAAAUAAUUAAGAUAUUAAAUUAAAAAAUUAAAAAAAACCAAAACAACCAAACACAUAAUUAAACCUUCAACAGUGCUAGACCGAUAUUCGAACUUAGAACUUCAAACGAUCUCUCGAGCCGAUUGAGUAACCCGGUUACCGGAAGUGUCUUGACUAAAACAUCCAAACGGAAGUUAAGGGGAGGUUACUUUUUAAAGGAAAGACCAGAGUUCAGUGGGACAGGGAUCCGUAACUGGAAUGUAAGGUUAUAUUUUACUAGUUUGUGAGAGGGGUCAAGGUGAACGUUUGUUAAAAUUCUGUUCUUACGCCAUGAAAACUUUGCUCCGUUUUUGUAUUGUUUUUUUGGGGGAAAAUUCAUUGGUAUAUGGACGUACAAAAUAUAUUAUGAACACGAAAGGUCAACAUUUAACUUUGUCAUUUAACAUGAAAUGUUAUUCUUAAAACAGUUAAUACUAUAUAAUUUAUAUGAUUCAUUCAAGUUACUAGGAGACAUUUUAAGAGAAGACUCAGUGGGAUAUAAUAUAAACUGUUUCGCAACCAUCGGACAUGGACAGUAGGGGAAAAAAUUACGGACGUAACAAAGAGUAUGUAGGGGAAAAAAACAGACGAGAUUUGGAAACCCGAAUGCCUCGGACAAUUAUUUCGGUCAUGUUUUCGGUUUGAAGAAUGUCCUAAGGAGGGGUGUAUUGACACCAGUAAACGGUCAUAUUAACUGUGAAAAGGACGUACAUAGUUCAGGUACAUAUGUAUGGUCUCCUUUUGUGAAAAAAAUGGGAAACCCUUCCUGGAUAUUACAAGGAGACAAGGGUCUCGUUCAUGUGUCAACACAAGCCUAUCGCAUCUCCAUUCAUUUUAUCAGUGUAUACUUUGAAAUUAUGGACCGCUGUCUAAAUAAAUAAGAUAGUUAUAUGUGUAUAUACUUUUUGUAAUGGAUAUAUUAAUGAUAUGUACAAAGGCAAACCUGGCAAUAAAAAGCGUUCGUUUAAUGUAUAACUAAAACAACAGAUGUCGGUAUACAAUGAUGCAUGCUGUCACUUGUUAAUCUAAGUGUACUGCCUGUAUAUACAUGUACUAUGAUGAAAAACGUAGCUAGCUAGAUGCUAUAUUGUAGUGUAAUUUGAAAAAAAAAAAAUUCGACACAUUCCCUUAUAUAAUGUUUCCCCAUUUGUGACCAGAUUUGUCGUUAAGACUUUUUCAUAAUCCAUUGUUAUAGACAUUAAAGAUAUACGUCCAUUGUUUAGGCGUUAAAUACGUACGUUUAUUGUUUGCGUGUUACAUCGGUUCGUACAUUAUAAAGACGUUUCUAUGGUUGGCUUUGUAGAGAAGAUGUCUACGUGGGAGCCUUCAGUAUGUAGAAUUUGAAAGACAUGGCUAGUGUGUGUAUGGUAUGUAAAUAUAUUGGUAACUUUAAAGUGGAGAUGUUAUAUAAAUACUUUCCAUGUGUGGACUUUAUUAUGUAGGCAUAAUAUGGGUACCUUUAUUGUGUAGACGUUCUAUGGGUACCUUUAUUGUGUAGACGUUCUAUAGGUACCUUUAUUGUGUAGACGUUCUAUGGGUAUCUUUAUUGUGUAGACGUUCAAUGGGUACCUUUAUUGUGUAGACGUUCUAUGGGUACCUUUAUUGUGUAGACGUUCUAUGGGUACCUUUAUUGUGUAGACGUUCUAUGAGUACUUUUGUUGUGUAGAGGUUUCUUUGUAUAUCUUUACGGUUCAUUUGUACAUACAUUCACUUUAUCGUCUAGAUCUCUUAUAUUUAAGAUAUAUAUUUUUGCGUUAUCACGUUAAUCUUUUAUAACUUAUGAUUGUGCAGAUUUUGCGCGAACCUGUAAGUCUAGAUACGUCUUUAUACAUAUAUACAAAACACUUUUUUGGGGUUUUCAUGCGAUUUAAAUUUAUCUGAAUUGUGACAUUAUAAAUAAAAUCCACAUACUUAUAACAUCAAACAAUAAUGACGUCAUAAACAAUGUUCAUUUCAUAUGAAUUGCAAAUCAAAAGAUGUGAAAUAUGCUGUGAUUUGUAAGAGGUCUCUUGAAUUAAACAUAUGUCAAACUAGAAUUGAACUUCGUCAUAGACUGGCAAACAUAUUCAAAAUAUAAUUUUCCAAACAAAUGUUACACUGGCCGGUAUGAAAUUUGAAUUAGAGUUUUGUUCGGUAGUAUUUAGUAUGUUUUCUUGUAUUCUUACCAUAAUAUUUGACAUCAUUGAAUGACCGUCUACUGUAUCACAAAAGUCACACUUGACAUCAUCGAAUGACCGUCUUCUAUAUCACAAAAGUCACUCUUGACAUCAUCGAAUGACCGUCUACUGUAUCACAAAAGUCACUCUUGACAUCAUCGAGUGACCGUCUACUGUAUCACAAAAGUCACUCUUGACAUCAUCGAAUGACCGUCUACUGUAUCAAAAAAGUCACUCUUGCCAUCAUCGAACGGCCGUCUACUGUAUCCCAAAAGUCACACUUGACAUCAUCGAAUGACCGUUUACUGUAUCUCAAAAGUAACUCUUGACAUCAUCGAAUGACCGUCUACUGUAUCACAAAAGUCACACUUGACAUCAUCGAGUGAUCGUCUACUGUAUCACAAAAGUCACUCUUGACAUCAUCGAAUGACCGUCUUCUGUAUCACAAAAGUCACUCUUGACAUCAUCGAGUGACCGUCUACUGUAUCACAAAAGUCACUCUUGACAUCAUCGAAUGACCGUCUACUGUAUUACAAAAGUCACUCAUGACAUCAUCUAAUGACCGUCUACUGUAUCACAAAAGUCACUCAUGACAUCAUCGAGUGACCGUCUACUGUAUCACAAAAGUCACUCUUGACAUCAACGAAUGCCAGUCUACUGUAUCACAAAAGUCACUCUUGGUAUCAUCGAAUGACCGUCUGUUUCCGUUAGUUAUACUGAACACUGAAUAUCAUCGAUUAAGGUUUCUGAUACCUGGUUGUAAUUGGAAUAUUGCUGUCAAAGGAAAUGUGUCAUCGUCUUGUUGUACAUGAACGAAUUAAUAAAACAAAUAUCACGCUCAGCUAACCCGCCCUGAUACAGAAAUGGGUCCUAGCAGCGUUGAUGUUUUAGUUAAACUUGAAAUGUUAAAAGUAUUCACACAAACAGAAAGGUGUUGUAUUUCCCUCGGUACCUGUAUUGAGCUGUAAAAACAUUUAUCUAAUCAUUUUGAAAGGAGUGAGUAUCGGACAUUGGGUGUGUAUGUGUAUGAAGGUAUAUGGUACCAUUUUAUUGAAUGUUGCUUUAGUUUGUGUAUUUUUGUGUGUUUUUCCAUUUACAUCUUUCCACUCAUCUGUAAGUCAUACUGUCAUUGGAUUAAAAUAAAAUAUUUUUCUUUACAAACACC